AUUACGUGCUCGUAUCAGUUCGUUAUUUUUUGGAAAUUGCAAAAGAGCUCCAAAGACCCAUAGGAAACGUGUCUAUUUACUGGAUAACAGUACAGGUCCCGUUAACGCGUUUAUACUUUAUUUGUUUUUAUUUAUUCGAUUUGUUUUGACAGGUUUUGUUGGAUUCAUAAGCGCUCCUCACAGAAACAGCUAAGAGAUGUCCAAAUUCUUACUCGAUCGAUGUUUACGAGAAUUAUCUCCAUUGACAGUUCUUAAGGAUGAUAUCCAACAAACGGCUAAGCCUCUCCUUCAUUUUAUGAUCCAGUCAGCUGCUUCAAGAAAUAUCAAAGUGCUAUUUGUUUCUUAUGAGACUUUAGAAGCUAACUGCCCUUCCGAAAUCAAUCAAUUCAUCUAUGCCACUAGUUGGAAUAAAAUGAAGAGUUUAAAAGAGUUGUAUGACGAGAUUGUACAAUGGUGGAAACCAGAAGAUCAGCAUUUAAUUGUCAUUGAUGCCAUCAAUCCAAUCUUAAACAACUCUGUUUCUAGUUUUUCCAUGUUUUUUGGGUCCAUUUUGGCUUUGGGAUCUACUGCAUUUCUUACGGCCUACCACAAGGACGUGUCUUUGGAGAAUUAUCCAUCUUACCUCCCCGCUUGUGAAACAUUUUUAGACUAUACUAGCACAUGCACUGUUUCCUUUACUGGAAUGCAACAUCUCAUGGUGGAACACGAUGCUAGAAUGCGAAGUCAACCGAAUCCUUUGACGGAAGAAUUACAAGAUUGCAGCAUUGUUAAUCUGUUAGGCUCUAAUUGUGAAAAUGGUAUUGUUUGUUACGUCGAUUUUCGAAAGAAAAGUGGACGGGUUAUUAAAGAAACAUGUACUUUAAAAAAUGGGGCUCUCGAAGUUUUUACACCAUUUGUUGGCGCUCAGAAGGAAGCAGAAUUGGAAGCUCCCGCGGAUCUUGAUGUUCCUUUUAAUCUUACUUUAUCAGAAAAAGAACGGAAUGAAAGAGAAGAGGUCUUUCUUCCUCAUUUUGGUGCCCAAGAUAUUAGAAAAUCUGCAGAACCUGGAUUUGUAGAUGGAGGAGCUAUUAUUUACCAUGCGGAUAAGGCAGACGAUUUCGAUGAGGAAGAAGAUGCUGAUGAAGAUUUAUUAAUUUAACUUAAUUUGGCUUUAUCGGGAUAAGCCAGGAUCUCAACAGCUUCAGAAUUUAUGUACAUUAGAUUGUAAAAUAACAUGCAUGGUUUUCUGUUUCAAUCUGACUGCCACCAUUUGGUUCGAGCCUUCAAAAGUGCGAUACAAAACUACAAUUCAAGUAUUAACCGAAAACAAUGUUUUAAAUUAUGUCUAUAGUUUGCUGAACAUAUAAG